AUGGAUCUUUCGUUUUCUUUGGGUUUUCUCACCAUGUGUCAUGCUUCUCCAGACAUGAAGCACAUAUUUUUUCUGCUGUCAGUAUUGUUGGUCAUAGUGUCCUCUUGUCCUGAUGGGGGGUUCAACUGUACAUCUGGAGAAUGUCUUCUUGCUGAACUCGUCUGUGAUUUUAAGAAGGACUGUAAAGAUGGCUCAGAUGAGGAGUUUUGUGGUUCAUGUGACUUUGAGCAUCACUCCUGUGGUUGGAUCGACACCAGUGCUGAUUCCAACCGCUGGAGACGGCAGAUGGCAAACAUCACCUCAGUACCUGGUCUGGACCAUACCACACAUAGUCCCUUUGGACAUGUCAUGCAUAUAGAUGGCAAAGAAGGAGGGUUUUUGUCAAUGGCUAAGUUGGAGUAUUCUGUCGACAAGUUGGCAGCUCUAGGAUGCCAGAUAAGGUUCUGGUAUCACAUUUACAAUAAUAAGUCAUCAUCAUCAUCAUACCUGGAAGUAGUAAUGGUCAGAGGCAGCUCUGAGGAAAAGCUGCUGCCAGAUAUUUCCAAAAGUAUGAUGGACGGUUGGGAGAAUGCCACAGCUUUCAUCGGUAAUCGCCCAGGAGGAUACAAGCUGCGGUUUUCAUUCCACCCUUCAUUUAUGGAAGCCAGGGACUUUAUGUUGGAUGAUAUCGGCUUUGAGAACUGUGCAGAUGGAGAUGUACCUGCAGGAUCAGACCAACUCUCAUGCGAUUUUGAAAAGGACACCUGUUCAUGGUACCCUGACUACACUGCAAGCCUUUUGUGGAAAAGGGAAAAUAAGAAAUUAAGUGAAGGCAAGUAUCUUACCAACAGUAAAUGAGAAUUGUGUUUUAGAAAUUACUUUGUGGCAACUUGCCCAGCACAUGUUAGUAACAUGCACAGUAUACUGUAAACAAAAACCUCAAACCUUUCAUUUAAUUUAAGGUUGCUCUACAAGGCUUGGAGUUAUGUAACAAUGCAAGUGAUGAUAUAAUUUUAGUUUAUAAUGUGUGUGAAAAGGCUGCCUUUCUCCUUUUUCACUAGCCUCUGUUCCAAACAUAACAUUUUUUUGUGUCUGCUUAAAGGACAAUUCCGGCACAAAAUGACCCUAGGGUUUAAAAACAUAUAUGUACCGAGUCAAACGUUUUCUUGGACAUGUUUUCAUGCUAAUCAAAUGCGUAUCUAGCUUUAAACAAGAUAACGCAAACGGUGGUUAGCUUGCUAAGCUAGCUUUCGGGGCAUCGGGUAAAUCGCUAUUUUAUACCACUAUUGGGCACCAUCUUGGAAUAGAAGUCAUGAAUCAACGAACGCUGUGUUUAAGCUAUGUUACUGGUUGUACAGCAUUCGUCAUUCGACUGCUCAUGACUGUUUUCCAAGAUGGUGCCCGCAUAUAAACCAAGGGGGAAAGCGAGCAUCCACAAAGUGUACGUCCUAUGGAACCAUUUUGAUGCUGUCAAGCCAUCACUCCUCGUUAGCAUCCCAUGACUGCCAUUCAUUUUGGAGCCACUUUAACAGCAAAUCACUUUAUAAUAAAUUUAUAAAUAAAUAAUAAAUAACAAAUAACUUCUCAAGCGUUUAAAGUCUCUAUUUGUCCAUUAUUUCUUUCUAAAGGCUUUCUAAAAGGCUCAAUUACCUUCUAUCUCACAUCACAUCUACGUCGUCAAGCUCAGUUGGAGGCUGCGCAGUAACGCUUAGCCAUCACCGGAAAAGUGCUUCUAAUAGACUUCACUGGUCUCUGUUGAAAACAACGCCGUCAAAUUGUCCAUUUCUUCCAGAAUCAGAAAAGGUUUUAUUGUCAAGUACGCUUUUUAACACAUUUAAGGAAUUUGUUUUGGUGUUGUUGGUACACGUCACACAUUCUCU